AGCAGGCCAGACUGUGAGACUCAAGCAGGCUGUCUCUCAAGACUUGAAAGAUCCGUUUGGCUGUUCAAAUAUCUUCAUACAAGAUACCUACUUCCAGAGCAAAGAGCGUUUUUGAUUUCAGACCUUCAAACUCGGAGAUGUGCGCUUCUACUCAAAACAUGUAUUCGCGCAGAUACUCAUCUCCUGAAGCGUUGGCAAAGCUCAGCACACGAGAGACGAUGAUAAUGAAGGAUGUUGAUCUAAGCUCGUCUCCUACGUGCACUUAUGAUGGAUGUCAAGAGUGGGUUUUACAAAGGAUGUCAAACAGAUCCUCAUCCGAUGUCAAAGUCCGAAGCAGAUACUACGAUUCUGACCUGGCAAAGAUCCCAGUACAACUCUUUGAUCCCAUCCCGGAAAACCCUUAUCAAGAACAAGCAAGCAAUACACACCGCGAGAAAAAAGGGCAACUAGCGAGUGAGAAGUCUAUUGGGCGCCUUGGAGAAAUUCUAUCAGAAGGAAGCUAUGCACCGGUGGAAUUGCUCGAACGAAGUCCAUUUGGAAGUGCAAUUGAUGAAAUGGGAAAUUUUAUAUCCUCGAGCAGAAAUCGAGCUACUAGAUCUUUUUCCUUCGGGGGCUUUUGCUAGAAUUUCAUUUUUUUCGGAAGGGGUUGAGCUGGAUUUGUACAAUAGACACUAUUUUCAUAUCUGUAUUCAUUGAAUCACAUUAAAACAUUCUAAAUUUUC